AAAAUGGCGGCCAAAAAUCAAUUUUGAAUUGUGACAGCCGCGACCGCAGUUUUGUCACACAAUAAAUUAUUUAUCAAGUAAAUAAAGCGCGUUCUCGGCGUUAGUAACUAGAAUGUUAGUCGCUUUUGUCCCUUAAAUGAGGCGUGACACUUUUUCUGUUUAAAUCGGAGCAAAAGUAUCAACAUAUGAUCGUAGUUACUAUAAUAGUCGAUGAUGUAAGAAACAGUAUUACCGAAGGUCUCGUAGAUCUCGCGAGUGUAUAGUUGCAUUGUUAUUGUCUCGAGGACUGUUGAAAAACUUUUCGCCAUGGAGGGUGAAGAUGGGAGUGUGGGGAAUCCCGAAAAAGAAGACUAUGAGAGCAGUUCCCAUUCAACCCCGCAAGAACACAGGUCUUUUGCGGAGUUCGCUAAAGACAAGCUGGAUAGUGCGGGCCGAGAGCUGAGACGUCGCCUACCCAUGGCUGGUCAGCUUGGUGCCCACUUGAUGCAUCCUCGACGCCUGCUUCUCCACUCCACACCUACACAGCAUACUGAUGUUGUCUUGAUAUUCCCUAAAGGUCUACCAGACAGUAUGCUGCUAUGGCUUCUGCAGAAGUUGCGUGGAAGUCGACCGAGGCUGCGAGUGUGCGUUCGGCAGCACGCGUCCUCACAGUGCUCUGCCUUCUACAUUACUGCUGAUGACGAUGUGCUCCUGCAAACGGCUGAAGAGAUGCACCUACCAAAACAACUGAAACCAGAAUUCGGAGGUGGUUACAAAGAAUUCACAGUUCGAGACAUGCACUGUUUUCAAAAGGGUUCCUCAGCGGCAGAACUGUUGAACUCACAAGAGCGAGGCGCUUUAGUGAAGCAUGCUUUAGAGUCGGCUCGUGCGGAACCCGGCGACGAGCAUGCGUUAGAACCGGCACUUACGUUGAGGCCUGGACAGAGUAUUGUGCCAGCAUGCGUAAGCAGAGGUGUAGUGGCCAGUAUGUUUCCUCUACACGAGAGGACCGCUUUGGAGAACCUCAGAAGGAAAUGGGUUAAAACCUUGUUUUCUCCACAGCCUAUAGAUGAGAUUAGUGAAUAUUUUGGUGUUAAAAUAGCAAUGUAUUUUGCUUGGCUUGGUCACUACACACAGUCUUUGACCGUGCCCGCAGUUGUAGGCUUUAUAUUUUGGAUUUGGCUCGGCACAGCAAAUGAUAAUUGGAAAGACAUAGCUUAUGUAUUAUUUUCGCUAUUCAAUGUACUCUGGGCGUGCGUUUAUUUAGAAACGUGGAAGAGAUAUUCAAAUGUGCUGGCAUAUAAAUGGGGAACAUUAGACCAGAGGGAUGAGCUUCUGGUAGAACCAAGACCAUUAUUUCAGGGAGAAAUGAGCACGAGCUCAGUGACGGGACGUCCGGAGCCAGUGUACGCGGCGUGGCGGCGUCGUGUGUGGCGGCAUUGCGUGUCGUUCCCGCUGAUGUGUGUGUGCCUCAGCGUGGCCGCUGUCGCUACCUUCGCCUUGCUGAGAGCUCAGGAUUGGUGGGAAACAAACAUAAUAUAUUUCACGUGGAUACCGCGCGCUUUACUCGCUAUUAUCAUAGCGGUUGAAGAGGAGGUAUACGCCAGAAUAGCGAGGUGGCUCAACGACAAAGAGAACUAUCGACUCGAGACAAAGUAUGAGAAUCACCUGAUUGUGAAAAUAGCAUUGUUUCAAUUCCUCAACUCAUUCAUGAGUUUGUUCUAUAUUGCGUUCUACUUGCAAGAUAUGGAUAAAUUAAAAGAGCAACUAGCAGUAUUAUUGAUAACGAGACAAGUUAUUGGGAACUUAAAAGAGUCUGCUCUGCCUUAUUUGAUUGAGAACUUGAGGCUCGCCAAGAUAUGUGUCGAUGUUUUUGGUGCUAUCAGCCCGAGUAAAAUACCAACAUCAGCUCAACUAACAGAACUAUUCGACAAAAAGACAGAUUCGUCCGGUGAUCCUCCUGAAAACAGUCUAGUCAAUGGUGCCGCGGAUAAAGAGGAUAGACGGGAUUCCGAGCCCCUUGUGGGACAGAAAGUCAUACACCAAGCUGAGUUGGAGUCACAGUUGUUUAGGUACGACGGCACAUUCGCGGAAUACCUAGAGAUGUUAACACAGUUGGGCCACGUAGUUCUAUUCUCGUCGGCCUUCCCACUGGCGGCGGUGUGUGCGUUACUGAACAACGCCGCAGAGAUACGUGCUGACGCCUUCAAAUUGUGCCAUGUGGCGCAACGACCCUUUGGCGAGAGGGUCAAGAGUAUUGGGAGUUGGCAGCACGCAAUGGAAGCAAUGGUAGCGGUAGCCGUGUUAGUAAAUUGUGCUCUGAUUGGUCUAUCUGGACCAGUACAUAGAAUGUUACCCGACGCCACUCCCGCGCAGACCAUACUCGUCAUUGUGGCUUUAGAGCACGUGAUCCUAGUAAUAGUACUAGCGCUGCGCAUCGCGAUCCCCGAGAUCCCAGCGUGGUUGGCGACAGAGAUGGCAAAGGUGGAGUUCCAGCGACGAGAGGCUAUCAAGAAUGCACAAGCACCGCUUAUGUCGGAAUGUACAAGCCAAGACGACAUUCGGCCGUCAGCUCGCAACACGCCGCGUACAGUUACACCGACCACUCCUAAACAGCCCGCAAACGACAAAACUGUGGAUAAGAAGAAAUUGUUCAUUGGCAAGAUACCUGAAAUACCGCCUUUUAGGCCUAAAGCGGCUUCUAUAACAGCGACGGAGCCUCCCGUCACGGUGACAGGGUCACUACAGACUCUGCAGGACGUCAGCCCCACAAAACCUAUACGACGUAAGGAAGUGGUCCCGGGUGCUCCGUUAUCACUCUUAGGUGUACGAGGGUUGAGAGACGAGCCGCUGCAUCGCUCCGCGCACUGCAUCCCGCAUCCCACGCAACAUCGACCACUAGUCAACCCUACACUACAGGAGUUAUCAGGCAGUGUAAGCGCGGGCGGUUCGGAGCCCGACCUCAACGCAGUGCCGUCCGCCGCGCCCUCUAUCGACGCCAGCGCCACCUCCAGCGAGGACGACAAGCCUAAGGAUAAAGGCAGUCGUUCCCGCGCCAAGGCGGCGCUGGUGAAGCGCGUGCGCUCGGUGGCGGUGUUCUCGCUGGGGCUGCGGCGAGCACGCGAGGCGGCCGCCGCCGGCGACAAGCACGCGCAUACGCCGCACACACCUGAUAAGUCCGGGGGUCUGCCAGCGCCGAUGUUAGGCGGCGAGUUAUCCCUCAUCCCUAUAGAACAGCUGAUACAAGUGGAGGAUGUGAAGCCUCGCUCCACGUAGGCAACCACCUUUUGUACGUACAUGCUCCCCUAGUCCUUCUGUCUUUCAGUCUGUUGAAUAAACGCGACUUUUUUCACAUUAUUUCUUGAUUUAUUCAAAAAU